GAAUACACUGUUGUGUUAGGUUAUGUUGUCAAAUAUAUAUAAAUAUUAAGGAUAAAAAUUCCUUCCGUUUGGAAAUUAUGGAAACGCGUAAAGUUGCUUCCAAAUACGAGGUUCCAGAAGAAUCUGAGGAAGAGAAUGCUACUGAUAAAACUGAAGAGCCUAAAACGGCUAAAGACUUAUUUGCUGUGUUUGCUCCAGACUCUGAAAGCGAGUCGGACGCCGAAGCUGAAGAGGAUAAAGAUUUCGUACCCACUGCUAAAAAGAAAAAAGUCUCCUCUACACCACCAAGUGGUAAAAAAAAAUACUUACAAAAAUAUCAAGCUAAAUGGAAUGAUGUACCAAGUUUUAAACCUUGGUUAUCUCCCAGUGUCCAUGGGGAUAUAUACUUUUAUUGUAAGUUCUGUAAAAAAGAUUAUAAAUGUGGAAAAUCAGAAAUUUUGAAACAUAUGUCAUCUAAAAAGCACAAACAGCACACACAACCACAAUUGAAAGUUCAUAAAAAAUUUUUUUUUCGUGGCUUACUGUGUCCAGUUUUCACACCAUUCAAGAAGUCAAAAUCCAUGGAAGUAAAUUAUGGAGUAAUUAGUCAGUAUUCAAAUUUUUUGAAAGCUUGUGGAGUCAAAGGAAUUUUAUUGAAUGACCAGAUUGGUGAGGGAAUGUCUCUGACCCUACAAGAAAGGAAAAGUUUGACUGAGGAAUGGAUUCAACAAUGUGACAAAAAUGGUCAAUUUUUAAUGGUACAAAUUGGUGGAGUUCCCUUAAAAGAAGUUAUUGAAUUAGCAAAUCAUUGUGAAGUAAACAAGGUUGGCGCAGUAGUAUUGUUGCCUGACCUUUACAAUAGACCUAGAAAUCACCUGGAUCUCGUAAAAUAUAUAAAAUUAGUAGCUGAAGGAACAAAAGAAAUUCCCAUUUUGUAUCAUCAUCAUCCAAAAUAUACAAACUUAGACUUGGACAUGACUAAUUUCUUACUGGAUAUAACUGGAGAGGUUGAUUCUUUUGUUGGAUUGAUUCACAGUACUAAUGAUCUUCAAUCUGCUCUGUCCAGUUUUCAUGUCAAUGAGAAGCAAUUUACUGUUUUUAUGGGUACAGAUGAGGUAAUUCUAGGAGCUGCCGCAAGUGGGUUCUCGUGUAUUAUGGCGAAUACUUCAAAUGUAUUUGCCAAAUUAGUUGAGACAAUUUGUUUCUCAAUAACAAAAGGGGAAAUAUUAACAGCACAAAAGACACAAGCAGUACUGGCAAAAGCCCUUUACAGAAUUUUUUCUUAUGGUGAUACUGUUCCCGCCCUAAAAGCUGCAAUGUGCAUAAUUUCAAAACUCCCUCUGGGAUCAACUCGUGAACCUCUAGAAGCCAUAUGGGAAGGAAAUUUGGAAAAGAUGAAAAAUGAACUACAUGAAAUGGGGCUUGUAUGAAGAUGUAGUUGUUGAAUCAUAAGCUAAAGAAUUUCAAUAUGAUCUUGUUUUUAUGUUCAGUUCAUUUAUGAUGUGUUUUAUCAUUUUAAUAAAAUGUUUUUACAUCAAA